GGAAAGUUCCCCGCAGUCUAGUAAACAGAAGAUCAAUUUCAGUAAUGGAGGCAGGUGUUGCAGAAAUGCCUGCUGAACUCGGAGUAAUAUCUCUGAUAGUGACUCGAUGAUGUGAAGUUCACAAAGGGAAAUGGAUAAGAGAAUAAUACAUGUAUUGAAAAUGCGAGUUUUGAAAUGCAAAGCUCAUGGGUUCAGACAGGUUAUAUCCUGGGCUAUAUCUGCCUAAUGCGCAUUUGUAUGUUCUUUAAACGGACCUUAAUUUUCAUUUGCAAAACGCCGGCGAAUCAGUGUGCAAGAGAUCCUGUUAUUUCCAAGGGUUAUCUGGUACAAAGAAGUUCGUGUUUUACUGGCUGCAGCAAGUCCUAAGUAUUUAAGAAUUUUCCAUAACGACCUAGAGACCAGCAUGACUUAUAUUAAAAUGGGUUCAAAACGGACUGUGCAAAAGCUAAAUACCUCUGCAGCGAGGCCGGCCCGGGAGUAGCCUAGUUGUUUGACAUAACUUGAAGGAUGGAAUUCUUUUCGACAGUUGAUAAGUUCAUAAUCCACAACAGAGAGAAAAACCAGAGUUUAUGGUGCUGCAAGUUAGAUGGCUCCAUUCUUCCAAGGCCAGGAGACAGUUUAAGCUUUGCAUGGAAUCCAAUUUGUCAUGGGAUGGUACAUGGGAUUGUUGGAAAAAUUCAGCUUAUUCCUGGUGCUGAACAAAGACUUUUAUUGAUUUCUGAAAAGAAGUCUGUUGGCUAUCUUCCAGGUGGCCAUGAAGUAUUUAAAAUAAAUAAAGUUGUAUGUGUUACUUUGGCUCUUGAUUCAGAGCAAGAAAUAGAUAUUACAGCAUGUCCCAACCAUAGUUCUAUGAAGAACCAACGUAUGGAUGGACAGCAGCAAAAAGCUUUUCAACAAACAUGGAACUCUCUAAAGAGUACUGCUACCAACCAGCUUAAAGGAAUGAAGACGUCUUCCAAGGAUGUGAAAGACAAGGAAAAAUUAGACAAGCGAUUAACUGAGGAGCUGCUGAAAAUGUUUAAUGAAUCUGGAUCUUUCUACUACUCGCCAACUGGUGAUCUGAGUAACACAAUGCAAAGGCUAUUUGAUGGAAGUAUUGACAAGCACCAACCAAUCUGGAACCAGGUUGAUGACAGAUUCUUCUGGAAUAAACACAUGAUCAGUGAUUUGAUUGACAGCAAGGAACCGUUAGCAAAACACUGGAUCCUGCCAAUAAUUCAAGGAUAUUUUGAAGUAGAACGGUGUUCGAUUGAUAUAAUGGAUGGUUUGCCGUUCCCUGCUCUUAAUAAAGAGGAAGAUCCAGAUUCUUCUAGUGGGGACGAGGAAGAUGGCUAUAUAGAAGUAAAAGAUUUCAAGACAGGAGAAAACUUGCUGGAAAAUGAAUAUGAUAUUUUAUUGAUAUCAAGAAGGAGUAGAUAUAGAGCUGGUACACGCUAUAAACGACGUGGCGUAGACGAAGAUGGAGACUGUGCAAAUUAUGUUGAAACAGAACAGGUUGUAUGUGUCAUGAAUCACUUUGUGUCCUUUGUCCAAGUUCGUGGAUCUGUUCCAGUUUUCUGGAGUCAGCCGGGGUACAAAUAUCGGCCUCCUCCUCGUCUUGACAAAGAUGAAGCCAGUACAAAGAAAGCAUUUGUCCAGCAUUUUGACCGCGAGCUUGCGAGGUACAAGCGAGAGGUCAUAAUAAACCUGGUUGAGCAAUCUGGGAGGGAGAAGAUUAUUGGUGACGCAUUCCUUGAAAAUAUUCUUCAGUACGACUCGCCGAAUCUUACAUUCGUCAAUUUUGACUUCCACGAGUACUGCGCUGGAAUGAAAUUUCAAAACGUGACAGUAUUGCUCGAUAGCAUUACGGAUUGCCUGAAAGAGAUGCGAUAUUGUUGGGUUGAUGAUGGAGGUAUGGUGACUGAUCAGCAAAGUGUCUUUCGAGUGAAUUGUAUGGACUGCCUGGAUAGAACGAACGUAAUCCAAGCAACAAUAGCAAGGGCUGUUCUUGAAAACUUGCUUCGGAAGCUUGGAAGAAUGCUUCCAGAACAUCUACUACCUCAUGUAUGCAGGCGGAUCCAUAAUCACAUGUGGGCAAACAACGGAGACGCCAUUAGUAGGCAAUAUGCUGGAACUGCUGCGAUGAAGGGUGACUUUACCAGAACAGGUGAAAGAAAAUUCACUGGAAUGAUGAAAGACGGAUAUAAAUCAGCAAAUAGGUAUUACAUGAACAGAUUUAGAGACACAUACAGACAAGCAGUUAUAGACACCAUGCUCGGGAAUCCUGUUUCUGAAGACUUUGCUGCCAUCGCUGCUAUCAGUAAGGCUCCUGGUGAAGAAGAUAACUGGACAAGCGAUCGAGAAGAAUUUCUCGCCCAACUUGUUCUACACAGCCAGAAAACGGUAGUCCCCCCAAACGAAGAGUGCCUUGGGGGAUGGGCACUUGUUGAUCCAUUCACAUUUUCAGAAACUGAUGACCCUCAGGACGAGGAUGUGGUUCUGUUGUUGACCCAAAGGGCCUAUUACGUUGGAAGAUAUGACGACCGACUCGAAGCACUAGUUUCGUACGAGCGUAUUUCCCUUACAGACUUCGAGAAAAUAGAAAUUGGAACCGAAACGCACUACUUUCGCGGUAUGUACGUGUUCAUGCGGUUGUACCAUCGUUAUCAUCGGACAACCGGCUACUUCUAUACUUUGCGGACUGUGCAGCACCGAACUCUAGAUGAAGCAAAAGGAAUUCUUCUAUCAAUUGGUGAAAUAUUCUCGUCAGCGUGUGAACCCUACGGAUUUAAACUUCGAAUUAACGAAUGCAACCUAGACAAACGUAGAAGCAAAGGACCCUGCAAAGUCAUCCAGCUUUCAUCAAAGAGACGUCUAAGCAGUUUCAAUGACAUUUCACUCCCUGAUAUUGACGCCGAGAAAGGCAGCGAGAAAAGUGGAGAAGUUCGUUCGAAAUUCUAUGUUGCGAGUGCAGAUGCGAUGCUGCAGUCAUUUGACAGUAGCGAGGCUUCGUCGCUGCCCGAGUAUGAGACAUGGAUUGAGAUGGGACCAGAGGGAGAAAUUGUGGAACGGCGAAGGUUGGUGCCACUCCCAAAGUCUCAUAGUGACAGUGCUUUGAACGAAAAAAACCAACAAGGUGAAAAAAGCUCACGGCUAGAUUCCCUUCUUAGUCGUACAAAAAAUAUUUUCAGUGGUGAUAAAGUAAAGAAGUCAGUAGAUGCAUUGUCCGGUCGGACAUUUUCUUCUGGCGAAGAACGCAAACCUUCAUGGAGCCCGGGUUCUGAGGAGUGCCAGAGUGGCCAAAGCAGAUCGAGCAGCAAUAAAUUUCGAGCAUUUAGCAACAGUAGCAUAAAGGCACCUCUCAGAGAAUUGCAAGAGAAAAUAAAAGUGAAAUUUAGCGAACGAGUAUCGUCGCAAGACUCCGAUCUAGAGGAGCGCUCUUCUUCAACAAGGACCGGGUUCCUUAAUGACAUCCGCAACCGGUUUGCCAUGUCUCCAAAAGUAAAGAAAAAGACAACUACGCCGCUAACCAAAGAAGAAAUAGAACGUAGAAAAAAGUGCAAAACAUUGAUAAUAGAGUUAUAAGAAACUAUAGGAUAGAUAUUUUUAAAAAUUUCAUUUUUGUCGAACCGUCAUUUGAGCUCGGCGAACUGGGUCUUCAGGCUGUGAAGUGGCCCCAUAACUUAUAGCUGCAUUAAUAUAUUGUAAACAAAGAAAGAAUUUCAUUUAAUUAAUACAUUGAAACAACUAAGAGCACCCCCUUCUAAUUUGCGCAUCUGAAAUCACAGUUGAGAAACCACAUCUGGUUAUUGUGUGUUUAGUCGAACAGCUCGCUUAUUUUUUUCGAUUUCAAGCAAAUCAGCCUAAGUCGCAAAUAUGGUUUGAAGAGGAAGAGCAAUGAAUGUAGACACGGAAAUACUCAGAGUUUGCUGAUGACUUCAGAUCUUAUAUGUAACAUCAACAUACUUUUGCCACCGUCAGCCGAAAACGCAUCAGUUAACAACGCACGAUCUUAUUCACUUCUGUAUAGAAGCUGCGACUUCCCGUGCACUUUGCAUAAUCUUUUAGACUGGUGACAAUUAAUACUGAGAUAAAGAUGUCUUUCCCUUUGUAGGUUCCCAGUCUCUGAUUAAACCAUGACUCAUCUUCUCUGAUCUUUUCACCGUAUUAACGUUGCUAAGCAGUUCCCUUCCACUAGUUGCUAAUGAGUCUGUCCAUUCAAAGUUAAAAAACCUUCUGUACACCAAUUCGACCUACGGCCUCAUUUUGAAAAAUUCUUCAAAUUCUUUUGUACAAAAUUUUAGUCUACUUGUAAGUUUUUAUUAUGAUAUUGCUCACGAUAUUGAUUUUAUGACGACAUAAAGAUAAAAACUUUAUAAGGGAUUUGACCGUGAUUGGCGACUAGGGGGGUAAAGUUUCCCCCGGAACGAUUUUUGCGGUCAAAUCCCUUACAAGUUUUCAAACUUCAUUUCUCGGUUAAAUCUAAAACACAAGCUCAAAGAAUAUGAAAAAUGGUAUCCCGCCUAAAAUUAUGACGAUAAAACCAAAUCUGAGCUUAAAAGAGUCGUAUAAUUAAGUUUGGACAAUUUUCCAAAACGAGUUCGUAAGUCGAAUUGGUGUAUUCAUGUUGGGUAGCAAUUCCUUGCGAAUUCACUUCUACCAUUAUGUUAUCAAUGCCUUACUUCAAUCAGCUUGAUUUCCAAAGAUUCUUUGAGGAUCAAGAAUUGUUCCUGAGGGAAAUUAGAGUAGGAACUUGCUCAUGGAAAUGUUUAAUUUUUACUACGAAGCAGUUUUGUUUUAUGGUACUUGUAGUGGCUUUUCACGAGAAAUUGAGAAUGUAGGCCACAAUUUAACUCCCCAGUAGCUAUUUUUUCGCAACAGCUGUGUUCCAGUCCAUGUUGGAGGAAAAACCUUGUGAAAUCACUUAUCAUCCGCCUAAAUUUUUUUACUUUAGUAUAAUUAAUAUGAAGCGAUUUUCUGGUUCUCUUUUCCCUUCUCAUUGAAUAAAUCACCCAUUGACGACGCGGUACUUUUGUGACUUGCAAAACACACUCUUUGACCGAACCCAAUUCAGCAUAAUAUUUAUUUCGUUGAAACGAAAUGUUUCGUGUUGCAAACUAAAUCGAUCUUUAAUUUAAAUUGUUUUUACUGUAGCUUUCAGUAAAUAUGUUUUGUAAUUUUUUUUAACUCGAAGACAAGAUUUAGUUCAUUUGUUUCAAAGACAUAUUAAUCAA